UAAUAAUCAUACCAGUAAAGUUCUUCAGUUUUAACACAUCCUCAUCCUGCGCUGAACAAACGGUAUAGAUACAUCGACAAGUUUUCGCAACCAUGACACGUUCCGGAAUUCAAAAGUUUGUUAUUCCAGCAUUGCUGGCCCUCUUAGCUGUAACGGUGGCGGGAGUGGAUGACAACGUAGCGGAAGAAACGAAAAUGAGGGCCAUGACAGUCGAGCAUAGAAUGGAUGACUAUAGUGAGGGUACGGAGGCCAGAGAUGGCCACGGCCAUCACCAUCAUGGACAUCAACAGCACGGAAGCGGCAACGGAUUCCGCCCUUCAAAAUGGCAGGAGAAGUUGAAGCGACCGAAAUCCCAAUAUCCAGCAAAAAAGCCUCAAUACGGCCCACCCAAGGCUCAACAUAAAGCACCGAAGCCUCAAUACGGCCCACCAAAAGCUAACCAUCAAAAGCCAAAAUCGCAGUAUGGUGCACCUAAGGCUCAUGGCCCACCCAAGUCAUCCUAUGAGCCCUCAGCUUACAGACCUCCGAAAGCUCAACACAUCCCACCAAAGGCUCAGUACGGUCCACCAAAGGCUCAGUAUGGUCCACCAAAAGCUGAAUAUAGCCCUCCUAAGGCUGAGUACGGUCCACCAAAGGCUGAGUACGGUCCACCAAAGGCUGAGUACGGUCCACCAAAGGCUGAGUACAGUCCACCAAAGGCUGAAUCCAAACCCCCCAAAAGUCAUCACAAACCCUCCAAGGGUAAAUAUGGUCCACCAAAGGCUACACAUGAUGCCCCAUCUUACAGUCCUCCCGCAUACAGCCCACCAUCUUACAGUUCUCCCGCAUACAGCCCACCAUCUUACAGUCCUCCCGCAUACAGCCCACCAUCGUACAGUCCUCCAGCAUACAGCCCACCAUCGUACAGUCCUCCAGCAUACAGCCCACCAUCGUACAGUCCUCCAGCAUACAGCCCACCAUCCUACAGUCCUCCAGCAUACAGCCCACCAUCCUACAGUCCUCCAGCAUACAGCCCACCAUCUUACAGUCCUCCAGCAUACAGCCCACCAUCUUACAGUCCUCCAGCAUACAGCCCACCAUCUUACAGCCCGCCAGCUUACAGUACGCCAGCUUACAGUACACCAGCCCCAGCUUAUAGUACACCAGCUCCAGCUUACAAUCCACCAGCUCCAGCAUACAGCCCACCAUCCUACAGCCCACCAUCUUACAAUCCUGCACCAGCACCAUCUUACCCUUCUCCUGCACCCGAAUACAGUCCUUCGCAAGCAGCUGAAGUGCCAGAAUCUAGCUAUUCUACAAGCUACGAACCCAUCUUCCCACCAAUUUCACAGGGAUCGGGAUACGAGAGACCGCAACCAGAGUACGAACAGCCAUCCUACAAUCCACCACCGUACGAGUCUCCCAGCUAUUUCCCAACCGAGGCGCCAUACCCUCCCCCUGCCUACACCGAAGCCCCAAGUUAUCCAACUCCUAGUUAUGAUGCCCCAGCUCAAACAGAAGCUCCCUACUCUCCUCCACAGGAUCCCAGCUACGAAUUACCGGCGUACGUUCCUCCCACCUACACCGAGCCCCCAACUGACCCCGAAGUACCAGCCCAUACUGAAGAACCAGCUUAUUCUCAACCACCCCAAACUGACGCUGCAUACUCUCCACCAUCGGAAUAUGAUGUCGUCGAUCACACCGAGCGUAGCCAGUAUCCAAAUGCUCCGGCAUCUCAUGAGCCUGGCAACCACGGCUUUUUUAGCAGCAACGAUUUCCCCGAUUUCGACGAUUUUUUCAAAGAUGUUUUCAGCGGAUAAAAACGUGCUCAAAUUACUUGCAAUUAUCAAGCAAGUGACCCAUUCGUUUUGACUAUUUAACUUAAAUUCACUUAACCAAAUUUAAAUUGUCGUACCAUUUCAAGGCAGGCCCUAUUAAGCUUUUCCUUUCCCUCUUAUUUGAUGAUGUACAUAAUUUCAAUCAGUCGAUAUUUUGUUACAAUCUUAU